UGGAUCUGCAUCUUUUGUUAGGGAGGGAAAAAGAGAUUUAAUAUACUGCCUUAAACUCAAAGAAGAGAGAAGAAGCAUACAAUGACCUCCAAGCACAGGAAAAUAAGGAGCAGAUAAAUAAAGGCAGGUUUCAGAGAGGAAAGGAGAAUGAGAGGAAGGAGAACAGAAGGAUUAGCAGCGACUGACUUAGCUACGUGGCUGAGAGACAGACAGAGAACAAAAUUAUAUUAUUAUAUUCAAACAUCCCUUUUGUUGUCAUCAUCAUCAUCUAGUUUUUAAGGAGCAUUUUUCAAACAAACUAUCCAAAUGUCACUGACUGUGGAUGAAACAGCAGGGGACCUUCCAGUGAGGGAUGUGGGCCUGAGAGGAGGACCCAUGCCUGCCAUGCAAGAACAAGACACAAGGUCCUGGAGGAGAGCACCACAAGUGCUGAAAAUUAAAGAUCGUCAGCAUGUCUUCAAGGUACCAAGGGAACAGCUUGAGGAUCAAUGUCUUCGUCUGCAGGAAGAAAACACACUUCUCAAACAACACACUCGUGUACAAGAGAAGAAACUAUGCAGGCUGUCAACUAAGGUGUUAAGGUUGAGGUACGGGCAUCCAGGCUCAGCUGGGGGACGAGAAGCUGACACAGAAGACACCAUUCAGGAACUGGAAGCUCGUGUGGCCACUCUAGAAAGCCAGAAGGAGGCACUGCAAAGCAAACUUAACGUGGCCAAACAGCAGAUCCUGGGUCUGACUGGACGAUCUCACCACCGACCACGCACUGCGCGGGGCAUAGAGGGAGAUGGAGAGAUCAGACGGGCGGCCCAAACAGCCCCUGCCCGCUAUGCACACUGCUCUCUGGAGGACACCAGAGAAGAGAUUGAGAGAUUACAAGCACUACUCAGCAGAUCUAGUGUUAUAGAAACACAGCAGAUGAGUGUAACAGAGCUUGAGCUGGCUGCUCAGUCCCUCAGAGACACCCUUAAAGGAAAGGAAAGACAAAUAGAGGAUACAAUGAAAGAGCUCCACAAACAGCAAGCUGACGGACACAGAUUCAACAUAAAAGAUAAUGUGGAUGUGAUCAGACUGCAGAAGCAACUUUCUGACAAGAGCACAGCUCUUCUAGUCAUUCAGGAGAAGUUUACUGUUCUGCAAGAGGCUUAUGAGGCCCAGCUGGAGGAGGGUCAAAAGUCACUACGAGAGAACCAAGAAGCCUUGUUGGGAAAGGUGGAGCAGUUGAGUGAAGAACUGAAACUGGAAAAACAGAGAGUGCUGACACUAGAGGCUCAGCUCAGCAGUACCACUCUCUCACUGCAAGGCCUUGCAGAGCUACAAGAGAGAGUCUCAGACCUUGAAGCAGAGAGGAACCUCCUGAAAAAAAGCUAUGAUACUCUUCUAGAGAGCACUCUGUCUGCCCAGAGCCACCAGGAAGAACAUGAGGAUAAAGAAAGAGAGAGGGAGCGACUGAGAGAGGAAAAGUGGAGAGCUGAAGUGCAGAGGCUUGAGAAGAAGCUGGAAGAGGAGCGGAGACAGAGGGAAACACUGGAGCAAGAAAAUGAAAAGAUGAAAAAAGAGUAUGAAAGGAUUGAGGAAGAGAAAGAGCAGGAGAGAUCCUUGACCACUGUCCUCAGAGAAAAACAUGUGUGCAUGGAGCAGGAAAUGCUACAACACAGGCAUGAAGUGACAUCUUUACAAGAGAGAUUGGACAGAGUGACAAAAGAGUUUGAUAUGAGUGUAGAUGACCUAAGUGAAACUCUGAUACAGAUAAAGGCUUUCCGACUGCAGCAGGAGAGUCGAGAGGGGCUGCGUUUUUUGGGGGCAGAUGAGAAGGUGGAGGAUUGCUCUCGAGAGCUGGCUGCUCUGCAGGUCUCACAAGCAGAAACAGUGCUAGAGCUGCAGAAAACUCGAGACCUACUACUUAUGCAACAUCGACUCAGUAACGACCUGCAGGCUGAGUUGAAGAUAGAGGUGGAGAGAGCUGCAAGAGAAAGAGAGGAGAACAGAAAGCGGUUCACUGAAAAAGACAAACUGCUUAAAAGCAGGGCUCUUCAGAUCAACAGCUUACAAGCUCAGCUAAAAGACUUCGCCUAUGGUCCUAGAAACUACAGUCGGAUAAUACCACAGCAGUACACGUGGAUGGGAUUGGAUCAGGAGUUAAUCCAGCCAAUGGAGGAAAACACUAUCUUCUCCCAGCUGCAGGAGGGAGAAUCCCUGCUUGAAAUCCAUCUUUUAGGAGCCAGUUUCAGCCCUGUGGGACUGAGGGUCAUGAAAAAGGACAAAGGAAUGGACUCUGGGGGUCACCAUGAGGUUAUGACAUUUUGCACCUAUUCAUUCCUAGAUUUUGAGAUGCACUCAACCCCACUGGUUUCAGGGACACAGCCAAAUUAUGGCUUUACAUCCUGCUAUGCCCUUGCUGGGCGUGAUGUCACCAAGCUGGGUGGUCAGGGAACAUAUGUUCAUGCUGAAUUACAUCAGGCACUGGGAGGGGUGCAAUUCAUAACCAGGGGCAGAGCAAGGAUUCCCCUGAUGGGAGUGCUACAGAGGAGAGGAGAACAAAUAAAAGGCAGAGCCAAUAUAAGAGGGUCAGAGGGCGACAUAAUAGGGGUCCUGGAAUUCUGGGUGCGCCUGUGUCCAGAAGUGGAGCCAACAGACACUCACAAAGACAAAAUCACAGACAGAAUGACCAACAGAUGGCCCAUACACACAGCUAUGGACUUGAGUCAUGUACAGCCAGAGACUCAGGAAUUAUUUGAUUAUGGUGGAGGGAUACCAAAUGAGCUGAUGGUGGUACUGGAACGCUGUGUGGGUCUCAGCACACAUUGGCCGGGACUUCUUCCUGAUGCUUAUUUAACUUAUUGCCUUUAUGAUCUACCUCCUCACUCCACUCCCAUAGUACCGUGCUGUGCAGACCCUGUGUUUGCAGACUCCACUAUCUAUCCACUUGCAGUCACAGCAGAUCUGAUGGAAUACCUGAAGGUGGGCAGCCUAUGGGUGUAUGUGUUUGAUGAUAGUGAAGGCCAAGCUCCCCAUAACUACCUGGCCAAGACACCCAUUCCACUUGGGACCCUGGCAACUGGCAGACCGAUCAAAGGUGAUUAUGUCCUGAGGGACCCUGCUGGGGGACCUAGAGGUACAGUGAGGGUGCAUCUUCAGUGGAGGUACCCCUUCCAAUCACCAGAAAUUCCUUCUAGACCAAGAAAAAAGGAAAGAACAGAGAGGCUGGAGAAGACUGAAGACAGAACUGAAGUUGGAACUGAAGUUUUACAGAGGCCGAUCGCUAAGCCCAGGUCAAAAGCAGCUCAACAAAAGCUGAGUCCUCGCAAUGAUGAAAGGGACCAGCGACUGCCCCAGCCUCCACCAAUCAAAAUACAUAAACCUGAGAGCUCGCUAUGUGCCCAAACCAUUCACAUGAAGUCACGCAACAAGGGUCUGGUUAAGCCCAGCAGGUCACCUGAUUUUGACCAUACUACAGACAUAUGGUUGCCAGUUUUCUCAAGCAGCCAGCAGAGGAAAUUAGGAAGUGAUACAAGAGUACAAGAUAUAAAAUCAGUAAAACGGGAAGAAGAGGAGGAAGAGGAAGAAGAACAGAUGUCUAAGAGUGGGAGAGCUCCAGAGGACAGUGAGGAAGUCUUGGAGUCUGAGGAAUCAAGUAUCUCAAGUGGUAGUGAUGUUAUUAUAAUCCCUCAAACACCAAAACCCGUUAAAAAGGGGGACAGACUUCGAGUGGAGAUCUUAUCACUUGUGUUUGACCCUUCCUCAAGUGUUGCUUUGAACCAGUCAGUGCAGCAAGUUUAUGUGGAGUACCGGCUCUUUGGUGUUCCUUUGCAGACCACAGAAACUCCCAUGUCUCUGCGGAAACCAACAGAGGGAGAGGAAAUACACUACAACUUUACCAGAGUCAUACAUGUGGACACCAUGGAGGCAGCUCCUCUGAGGCGCUACCUUUACACUAUGCUGGAAGGCACUGACCCCAACCAGGGCAGGUUAAAAUUCACUGUUGUGAGUGAGCCACUGAGUGAGGAAGAUGAGUGUGAAGAUGUUGGCCAAGCCCACCUGGACUUGCAAGAACUUCUGCUGACAGGAAAUGAUGUAAUUGAACGGCAAAUUGACAUUUUCAGUAUGGAUGAUGAGCAGGAGGUAGUGGGGAAGCUGCGAGUGUCUCUAGAAGCUGCUCAGGCUUUAACAGGAAUCUACUGGGAAUACCAAGACCAGAAGCAGAAGAAAGACGCAGAGGCAGUGACAGAGGAUGAAGAGGAGGAGGUGCAGAAAAAAGAAUCAAUAAAGAAAGGCAAAGACAUGCAAGUGAUCGAUUUUGAUGAUGAUGAUUUUUUUUGAAAAAAGCUAUAUGUGUUCAUUUUAAUCUUGAUGUACAGAAAGAUUUCUUUUAAUCUAAAGACUAUUUUGACAGGGAUGAUUUUGGGGUAUUGUGAAAUUGUCACUCUUACGUGGCAUGCCUUUACCAUUGACAUUUGCAAAGUGAAUCACUUUCUGCUUCACACUGAAUUUAAAAUAAAACAAUUAAUUACCUGAAGAAAAAUCUGGUGUCACAGCUUUAUUGCCAUAUUCCACAAGAGUGGAACACUCAGAGCCCACUUUUUAAAGAUACUUUUGUAAUACUAUCCAUUUAGAGCUUUAUAUGUCAGUAGAAGGAUUUUGUGCUCAAUGGGGAAAUUAACUGGCAAACAAUAUAAGGUUGAUAAAACUGGACUGAUGAGCUCAAACCUUCUAGUUCUCUAACUCUAAAUAAAACUUGUUAAGGCUGGAACAUCCUGACAGCAGUACAUUACAGUAAUACCUUAACAUAAUAAAGGUGUAAACUAGUUUUUUUUUUACCUAAUAACACAUUCCAAAUAAGAAAAUAUUGAGUCUUCAUAAAAACUGGUAAAUGGAUUUUAGAAAGAAAUGUCUUCUUAAGAAUAGUUGGUGAAUGAGGCCCACAGAGAAGUAGAAUCUCUGCUUUGUCCAGUUUGAGUAGGAGGACGUUACUUGAUAUGCAGUGUUUUAUGUCUUUCACAUGGCCCUCAAUCUGAUUAAGUUAAAAUUUAUCUUCUGGUUUGGCCAGUAUAUAAAAUGUGUGUCAUCAUCACAGCAGUGGAAAUUCAUUAUCUAGUGGUAGCAUAUAUAAUGUAGUGGGACCUAGUGAUAGCAUAAUGUAAAUAAUAGAGAUCCUAAAAUAGAACCCUGUGGAUCACAUUACUUUAUUUUUGUUAGAACAGAUGAGUUUGUCAGUGACUGACUGUCCUGCACUAUUGGCUAUCUGUGAGGCAGGCCCGGAUUAUCCAAUGGGUUUUAUGGCAGGUGCCCAGGGCCCCAUGCCACUAGGGGACACCUAUGAGACACCAGUAAACAGCUGUUUUGACUCUCUGUGGGAACUUAAUUAACAACACAGCAGGAAAAAGAACACCAUGUCCAAACAGCAAGCGACAUGAACAACAAACAACAAAAGAUGCUUUUGUUAUAAUCAGUGCUGUCUGCACCAGUUGGAGGCAGCAGAAAGCCAUGUGACAAGCUGUGCGGUUCUUGACAGAUGUCCCGUUUCCGACAUUGCAUUGCUCUGCAGUUCAGAGAAACCGCCCACAUAUUCUUCAUUGUUGUCCAACGAACAUCCUUACUGGUUGGAUUUUUGGUCUUCUCCUCACAUUUUCCAAUGUAUUCCCACAGAUUUCAAUUUAAUUAAGCCUGUGUAGUAUCUUGCUUUGUGUUGUUGGAAUCUCUGUUCUUAAUGUAGUUUUACUCCUUCAGCUGAACAUACAAAACAAACACAUCAUAUUAAAAUGAGGUGUAUGACACAUGCACAUG